UCUUACUCAACUAGUCCUUGCUAAUCCUGACGUGUCGGUCGAAAAUGUCAAAAUGUUAUCUUUUGCUGUUUCUCCAUCUCUGUCCCACUUCCCUAUUUCUUUUUUUAUUAUCUUCAUUCCUAUUUUUGAGGGUCUAUAAAUUCAUACUCCAUAUCUCUUCAUUACAUUCUCAUUUCCUACAUUUUUCUCUACCCUCUACUUCUUUUUUGCAUUCACUGAAUAUUAUCUCUCUUUCUACCACUAUUAUUUCCAAAUUCCCAUCUUUUAUCAGUUAUUCUUCACAUAAUGGAAGUCGCCGGAGGAUAAUUCCGGCUAGGCGGCUACAUUCUAUGGCCUUGACUGGUAACUGGGCAAUGUGCGGAAAGAGAAACAACUCAGCAACAAUCGGCAGUGGCUCAAAUCUCUACAGAACAACGACAAAGGAUCUUAAGAGUGAAAGUUUUGGCAUGGCCAAUGGACUUGGUUUGAUAAAGCAUAGAAAGUCGUCUGUACAUAAACCCCUAUUGAUUUGUUCUGCUCCUUCAUUCAUUCAUUGGUCUCGUAAAAUCCCCAUAUGUGAUGGGUAUCAUGAGUUUGUCUAGCUGCUCCUGAUAAUUUCGUUUAUAAUUGGGUCUUAGGUUUUGAGAGAUAACUGGUUAUUUUGUAAAAAUCCAAUUGUUUGUCAACAUUUCAAAUAGCUGGAAGAUGCCUGGUUUUGUUAGUGAAAAGAAGAGGUUAACAGAAUCAAACUUGUGCUUCUCGAAUCACUCAAAAGAUGCUCGUGGGAGUACUGGGUCUCUGAAUGUGGAUGAUCGCUACGUCCCCGUUUUGCCGGGGCUUCCUGAUGAUGUGGCAAAGUUAUGCCUUGCACUCGUCCCUCGAACUUACUAUACCGCUAUGGGUGCAGUGUCUAAUAGAUGGAGGUCGGUCAUUCGAAGCAAGGAGUUCAUUACUAUUCGGAAACAAGCGGGAAUGCUCGAGGAAUGGCUCUAUUUGUUGACCAUUGAUGAGGAAGGAAAAGAGAACCAGUGGGAGGUGUUGGAUUGUUUCGGUAACAAGCACCGAGUUCUCCCUCCCAUGCCUGGUGAACUUAAGACAGGAUUUGGAGUUGUGGUUCUACACGGGAAGUUGUUUGUGAUGGCUGGCUGUACAAUCUCUGAAGGAGCGGCAUCUCCCACCGCUGAUGUUUACCAAUAUGAUUCCUAUCUCAAUUGCUGGAGCAAGUUGUCAAGCAUGAAUGUUGCACGCUAUGAUUUCGCAUGUGCUGAAGUUGGUGGGAUGAUAUAUGUUGUGGGGGGCUAUGGCAUGGAUGGCGAGUCUCUUUGCAGUGCCGAGGUCUACAAUCCUGAUACUGAAAAGUGGACUCUGAUUGAGUCCAUUAGGCGCCCGAGGUGGGGCUGUUUCGCCUGUGGCUUUGAGGGCAAGCUUUAUGUGAUGGGCGGGAGGUCAAGCUUCACUAUUGGAAACUCAAAGUUUGUGGAUGUGUAUGACCCAGAAAACCAGAAGUGGUGUCAGAUGAAGAAUGGCUGUGUUAUGGUUACAGCUCAUGCCGUGAUAGCAAAGAAGUUGUUUUGCAUGGAGUGGAAGAACCAGAGAAAAUUAUCUAUAUUCAAUCCUGAAGAUAAUUCAUGGAAAAUAGUCCCUGUUCCAGUAACCGGGAGCUUGAGCAUUGGAUUUCGGUUUGGUAUACUUGAUGGGAAACUUUUGCUGUUCUCGGUUAAUGACGAGCCUGGGUAUCGGACCCUGUUGUAUGAUCCCGAGGCAGCUCCAGGCUCAGAGUGGAAGACCACAAACAUUAAACCCUCAGGUUUAUGUUUGUGUAGCGUAACUAUGAAGGCAUAAAGGCAGUGGCGAACCCAAAAAAAUAAGUCCGGGUAAAAUAAAUGUGCAUCCCCUGCUUGAUAGGAUUCCUAUUGUAUCUCAUUCAUAUAUCACCCUGGAUAUCAGACCCUGUUGUAAUCUGUAUGAUCCCGAGGCAGCCCCAUGCUCGGAGUGGAAGAACAUCGAUAUCAAACCGUCGGGUUCAUGCCUCUGUAGCAUCUUUGAACUUGCAUUGUUGUACUAGCUCAUUCCAGUUUGUAUGUUCGUGUCUUCGUGAUGUUCGAUUCAAGAUUACUUGUUUAAUUUAUGUACUGUUGAUGACCUAA